CGUUGAGCCUGGAGCUAGGUCCACGAUGCUUUGCUUGUUUUUACCGUCACCGUCACCUUCACCUACACCCAAAAGCCGGGUUUUUCUUCGCAGAUAAGGAUCCUUGGGUAUUUCAUAUUCACUCGUAAUCUGCAGAUUGCGCCUCGCAUCUUUUGCAUCUUUCACAUCUUUCUCUUUCUCCCAUCUCCAUCUUUUUCAAUUCAAUUGACCUCGCAGACUCUGUAAUCAAGAUGGCAUCAAUCAUCUACCAAGCCCUCAAUACCACCCGCGAUACCGCCAACAUGAUCACCAACCACCCCUACUAUCCCCUCGAAGUCGAGAUUGCCUCCUACCUCGCGAACGAAUGGUCCGUCCCAAUGCUGCUGAGCAUGUUCGCAGGUCUCUGCGCCCUCGUGCUGUUCGGUACCGUCUGCGUGGUGGAUAAGGUACACAAGAACCUCCCAGCUCGGGAGAAGGCAGCCAUCUGGUGGUUUGUUCUGUCUGGCGCAAUCCACCUCUUUUUCGAAGGCUACUUCUCCCUCAAUCAUACUCGAAUGGGCCCAGCACAAGAUCUAUUCGGGCAGCUUUGGAAGGAAUAUGCGCUCUCCGACAGCAGAUAUUUGACCUCUGACCCAUUCGUCCUCUGCAUGGAAACAGUCACAGCUUUCACAUGGGGACCUCUCUGCUUCGUUGUCGCCUCCUUCAUUACGACCUCUCACCCUCUCCGUCACCCUCUCCAGAUCAUUGUCUGCGUUGGCCAGAUCUAUGGUUUGAUCCUCUACUAUGCGACCAGCAUGUUCGAUCACUUCUACAUGGGUGUAACAUAUUCUCGACCGGAGUUCCUGUACUUCUGGGUCUACUAUUUCUUCAUGAACUUCAUCUGGAUGGUGUUCCCUGGAAUGUUGCUGGUGAGCAGUGUCAGAAGAAUUGCCAAAGCUUUCAGGGCUUUGGACAACCUCGAGGCUACAUCGAAGGGCGCAAAUGGAAAGGCGACCAACGGGAAGGCCAAUGGACAUUCCAAGAAGGAUUCGUAA